CCUCCCCCCGCCCUAUCGGCCGCCGCCGCGGCAGGCCCGCCCUCCCUCCCGGUGCCGGGCGGCGGCGAUGGCGGCAGCGGGCGGUGCUGAGGCGGAGGAUGCGGUGUCCGCGCUGCGGCCGCGGCUGGCGGCGCUGGGCCGGCGGGUGGCGGCGCCGGGCCGGCGGGUGGCGGCGCCCGGGGGAGCGGGCGGCGACGAUACCUUCUUAGCAAAGGGCUCUGCUACUCUGGACAAAUUGAAGGACCUCUGUAACGAAGGGAAAGAACAUCCUUGCACGCUUUUGCACCUCUAUACACAGGCUGUUUUAGACAUUACAUUUUUUGAGGAGAAUCAGCUUGUGGAUGAAGAUUUUCCUGAAGAAUCCUCCUUGCAGAAAGUUAAAGAACUUACUUGUAUUCUUUCAGAUCCAGAAGUCCUAGUGAGAGAAUGCAACAUAAAUGAAGAACCCAUGAACAUCCUUGGUGCAGAGUUGUUAGAAUGUCUUUACUGGAGAAAAGGAGCACUGCUUUACAUGUAUUGUCAUACAGCAAAAGAAAGGAGUGAGUGGCUACGAGAAAACAUUGACAUAUUUAAGAAGUGUCUUAAUGAUGGAGUUCAUUACCUGAUGAAGAUGCUUAGCUUUAGAUGCCCUCUUCAGCUAAAUGAAGAUGUCUUACUUCAAGACACAGCUAGAUUACUCAGUGAAGGUAUAUUUAGUGACACUCACUUACUGGCAAUGAUGUACGGUGGAGAAAUGUGCUACUGGGGACUGCAACACUGUGGAGAAGGGAAGCAGGAAAGCCUUGAGACAACAGAUCCUGCCUCUAACAGUGACCUGGGCUGCAGAUCAAAGAGUGUGUCGCUGGAUUUCCGAGAAACGGGCAAAAACAUGUUACAGAAAUAUGUGGUUGCAUGCGAGGGACCUUUAAAAGGCCAAGGGUGGAACACAGCAGCUGCAAAACAAAUGUUGUGUUACCUCAUGAAACCCCACAACUAAAAUAGGCUGUGCUGGAAGAAACCUUAUGUCUGGAGAGCUCGCUUAGAGAGCUCUCUGCUUCAGUAUCUGACCAUCCUCCUAUAAAAACUUACACUUUUGUUGCAUUAAAAACGGGCAUUCAGAGAGCUCCCGGAAUACAGGUCCGUAUCAACUAUUCCUAAAGCAAAACCACAAACGACCGCAGUGAGCUGGCACACCCGGGUGACCGCCUGUCUCUCCGCCCCAGCGCCGGCGCGAUAGCUCCGAGGGGCGGUGGCAGAGGCAGUGGGGCUCGAUGCGAUGGCGGCUGGUGGAGCGGAGGAGCGGGGCGGGUUGGAGGCUGCCGUGCGGGGUCGUCUCCAUAUCCUUAGGGAACGAUGGAGGCGAAGGAACGCCGCGAACGUUAGCGCCGCGUUCGCGGGUCCUUCGCCUCCGUCGUUCCUGGAGGAGGCGGAGAAGGUGAGCGCCUUGCAGACACUGCCGGUGAGUGAGGCCCGUUCGGGGUUAGGGGGGAAAGCCUCUUGCAUCUUCACUGCUCACCUCUCGGGUUGUUAAACCGCUACUCUCGACGGUUUUCAGAUCGACGUGCAGCUGAACAUCAUGUCCUAUCUCUCGCCCCAAGAUUUGUGCCAUUUGGGAAGCACGAGUUGUUACUGGAGGGCUGCUGUGCAAGAUCCGUUGUUAUGGAGGUAUUUUCUCCUGAGGGAUCUCCCUUUUUGGACAUCUGUUGAUUGGAAAUCGCUCCCAGAUGUGGAGAUUUUUAAUAAAGCCUUUUCAGAGGUCAGCGAUAAUGCGCUGUAUGAUUACAUGGCAGUGUAAGUAUCUCCAUAUUCUCUUGCACAACUUACUACAGCAGUGAUAGCCUACAGGCAUGUUUUGUAUUUGCAGCAGUAACACUCUGUGCUCUAAGCCACCGCUUAAAUUUGUGAUAUGUCUCAAAUCCACUUUUUAAUUUGGAAAUACAGUUGCCUGGUUUUGUUUGACAGUUUGUUCAGCUCUGUUUGGAAUAAAACAAUGUAAAAUGUUGGAACAGUCAAAGCUAAUGUUACAAAAAAAUUAAAACCUUCUGUAAAAUGUUUACUAUACCACAGAAAUACAGUCCUGUCAGAAGCUGUGUGUACUGUUAAUCGUGGUAAAAAUGUGUUCUUCACUCUCAGUACAAUGACAUGAUUUCUUACUUUAAUAAAAGUACUAAGAAGUCUUAAAAUUACA